AUGCUGUUGAGUAAGCCCACUUAUGGAAGAAAAACUAUCACUGGUGAGGACAAUCUCUCUUUGCUAGAUAUGAACUUAAAAGAUAAUGACAAAAUAUUGAUCAUGGAAAGGUUAUCAUCGUCAAUGAAGGAUGAUCCUGGUUUUUCGGCCCUUGUGGCCUAUGAGAAAGCAAAUUUGUUAGGACUACAGAAACAGCACGAGCAAAUCGAAACCGAUCUCAAUGACAAAUAG